AUGGCGGCAACACGUAUUCCCAAUGUGCGCAUGGUGUCAUCCGGUAUGGCCCAUCGAGUAAUGACAGAUUUACAUGAGAAAUACGGUCCUGUUGUUCGAAUCGGCCCUAACGAGCUCUCAUUUGUCACCAAUGGUGAUGCCUGGAAGCCUAUUUACGGCACUCGACCAGGUCACGGCCAAAAGGCAAAGGAUCAAGACUUCUAUCAUCUUGACAUCGACGGUUGCUCAAACAUCGUCUCCGCCAACGACGUCGAUCAUACCCGCUUCCGUCGCGCGCUAUCUCAUGCUUUCUCAGAUAGCUCCCUGCGUGGACAAGAGCCUAUAAUUCAGGGCUAUAUCGAUCUACUCAUGCAGCGUUUACGAGAGAUCUCACACGGCGGCACUACGCCCGUCAAUAUCGUCAACUGGUUUAAUUUCACCACAUUUGACAUCAUCGGAGAUCUGUCAUUCGGUGAGCCAUUUGAUUGUCUUGCGAACUCGGAUUAUCACCCUUGGGUCAGAAUGAUCUUCGAAGGUGUCAAGGCUGGAGCUAUAAUUGGCGCUAUGUACCGCGUACCUUACCUGAAGCCGCUUGCAAAUCUGCUUACUCCGAAAUCACUUAUCGAGUCUCAGCUGGAUCAUCGAAGAUUGACAAAGGAAAAGACACAAAUCAGGAUGGGGAAAACCAAUGAGCGACCUGAUUUCUUUGCGAACAUUCUCAAACAGAAGGAUCCGUCGAAGGCAUUCAGUGAGGGCGAGCUUUACUCGAAUGCAAACGUGUUGAUCAUCGCUGGCUCGGAAACUACUGCUACGUUGCUCUCGGGAGUAACGUAUCUCCUUUUGAAAAACCCCCAUACACUAGCCAAGCUAAAGGCGGAGGUCCGUGGAGCGUUCAAGUCGGAUGCGGAGGUCAAUCUGGAACUAUGUAAUCAACUUCCUUAUCUGCAGGCUUGCUUGACUGAGGGUUUGAGACUGUAUCCACCUGUUGCCAUUGGUUUACCUCGUAUUAUGGAUGCACAAGGUGACACUGUGGAAGGCAACUGGGUACCAGGAGGUGUAAUUGUCUCAAUUUCUCAUGCGGCUACGUAUGCCUCCGAGAAUAAUUUCAAGGAUGCGAAACAUUUCAUCCCUGAGCGCCAUCUUGAUGAUCCUCGAUUCGCAUCCGACAAUCGAAAUGCACUACAGCCCUUCAGCUUUGGUCCAAGAAAUUGUAUUGGUCGCAAUCUGGCAUAUGUUGAGAUGCGUUUGAUGCUCGCUAGAACGAUUGUCAACUUUGAUAUGGAGCUAGCCGAGCCCAAUGUUGAUUGGAUGGAUCAGAAGUCGUAUACUUUGUGGGAUAAACCCCCGCUGAUGCUUAAACUUACUCCAAGUGACGUGGGUAAAUUGGAGGAGGCUUGA